UCACAUUUUCUUCUUCUUUUUUGAGUUUAAUAAUGUCGUCUAAAGGCAAGAGAAACGACAGCUGGAAGGUGUUUGCAGUGAAUGACCGAUCAGCAGAUAUAUGGUCAGGCCCCCGGGGAGCAAAGCAGAAUGAAUCUGGACCUCCCACCACCCCUUGGAGACCCGCCCCUGCUGGGAGCCCAGCCCCGUCUUCGGAACUGCCACCCCAUUGCUUCCCUUUGCUGGCCCGGGCGCUGUGCGCAUGGGCGGAGGGGCAGCGCCGUUUAUUAUCGGCCGGAUUGUGUCUCUGUGCGAAGAUGGCGGCGAGUCAGGGAGGUGGGGGAGCGAUCGCCGCUCUGCAGAGCCAGCACUACCCGAGCGUCCCGCACUGGACGGCGGGUAUAUCGCAGCAUCAGCACCACGUCCCCACGGCCCGCAGCCUGGAUCGCGCCCUGGAGGAUGCCGUGUGCUCCGGCAUGCUGAACCUCAGCGGGAGGAAGUUGAGAGAUUACCCCGGGAUGAGCUACGAUCUGACUGAUACAACGCAGGCAGACCUCUCGAGGAACCGGCUGACGGAGGUCCCCCCGGAAGUGUGCCACUUCGCUCCUCUGGAAUCCCUCAACCUUUAUCAUAACUGCAUCAAGAGCGUCCCGGAAGGCAUCAUCAACCUGCAGAUGCUCACCUACCUGAACGUCAGCCGGAACCUCCUCUCCACGCUGCCCAAGUUCCUGUUCAACCUGCCGCUCAAGGUGCUGGUGGUCAGCAACAACAAGCUGGUGUCCAUCCCAGAGGAAAUCGGUCGGUGCAAGGACCUCAUGGAGCUGGAUAUUAGCUGUAAUGAGAUCCAGGCGCUUCCCCCCCAGAUGGGAAAGCUUCAGGCCCUUCGGGAGUUCAAUGUACGGAAGAACAGUCUAGAAGUGCUUCCCGAAGAGCUGGCCGACCUGCCCCUCGUCAAACUCGACUUCUCCUGCAACAAGAUCUCGGAGAUCCCUCCCACCUACCGGAAGCUGAGGCAGCUGCAGCUCAUCGUCCUGGAUAACAACCCCCUGCGGUCUCCCCCUGCGCAGGUCUGCCUGAAGGGGAUGGUGCAUCUGUUCAAGUACCUGAACAUCCAAGCCUGCAGGACGGACAAAAAGCUGGACUCCCUGGACCUGCCGUCCCUGGGGAAGCGGAGCCUCCUUCCCCAGCCUCUGACAGACAGCAUGGAGGAUUUUUACCCGGGCAAGAGCCACGGGGCUGAUUCGGGGAUCGGGAGCGACAAUGGGGACAAGAGGCUGUCCACCACGGAGCCCUCCGACGACGACACAGUGAGCCUUCACUCCCAGGUGUCCGAAACGGCGCGGGAGCACCUCCGGGCCGAGACCCAACCACCGGCCGGCCGGCCCGAGGGCCUCAAAGAUCAGGAACCCUACGACUACAUAGACCCCAACCCGGAAGAAGACGCAGCCCUGACGGAGGGGGACGUGCAGCAGAGCGCCCCCUAUGUGUCCUGCAUAAAAGAACUUGAGCUUGUCCUCAACAAGUCGCACCACGGCAAGGAGACGGACACGUGGAAGGAGGAAUCGGGCUCAGAGAAAGGGCACCUGGCUGAGGAAGAGGACGACGAGAUCAAGGAAGUCCUGGAUCUGAGGAAGAUCGCUGUCCAGCUGUUGCAGCAAGAGCAGCAGAACAGGCGGAGGUCACUGAUCUGUAGGGCAGAGAGCCUGAUCCACCGACGCCGGGCCCCGGGGCGAGCCCACAGAUUCCUCAGUCACACGGGGAGCAGCUCGAACAGCAAACAAAGAGCAGCCUCUCAGACGGCCCGGAGCCUCUCAUUGGACGAGGGAACCCAGGCUGGCUCCGCCCUCAGGGGACAGGGCCCAGCUUCGGGUUCCGGCGAAUCGGCCCAGAAACCGGAAGCAGCGGAUUCCGAGCCGCAGUGGCCUGAAGUGCCGCCCAUCCUGAACCAGGGCGACGACCGGAGGCGGAACAAAUACCUAAGGAAAGACUAUCUGAAGUACAAGUGCCAAAACGCGAGAAGAAGCUCCAGUGCCAAGGACAGUGAGGGCGAGGAAGGAGUUCGGUCCGAUUUCAGUUCCACCAUGACUGUGUUCGGGUUAAAGCCCAGAUCAGCGUAUUCCCGCGGCAGCCGGCAGGAGUACCCCACCAGUGAGCCAAGCUUCACCAUGCGCAGGAAGAUGGAGCACCUUCGCGAGGAGAUGGAGCAAGUCCUGCUGCUGCGGCAGAACCUGGAGUCCCGGCUGAAGGUGCUGCUGCCGGACGACGUGGGCGCCGCCCUUAUGGACGGCGUGGUCCUCUGCCACCUGGCCAAUCACAUCCGGCCACGCUCUGUGGCCAGCAUCCAUGUGCCCUCGCCCGCCGUGCCCAAGCUCAGCAUGGCCAAGUGUCGCAGGAACGUAGAGAACUUUCUGGAUGCGUGCAAGAAGCUGGGCGUGCCGCAGGAUAAGCUGUGUCUGCCCCACCACAUCCUGGAGGAGCGAGGCCUCGUCAAGGUCAGCAUUACCGUGCAGGCCCUGCUGGAUUUGCCCGUGCUCAAGCCAACGCAGCUCUCCACCGCAUGACAGCCCCCCUCCCCCCCGCCGUCAUGGGACUGGUGGGGGGGGGCGGGGGGGUGACCGCUUGGAUCAGGAGCGGGCCAGGCCCCGACUCCUCUGCAUGACAUUAGCCUGAACUGACCCUUCCUGUUUAUGACAUUGUUUUGCUAACCGUGUCAUUCCUGGAUGGAUGAAUGGAUGGAUGGAAUCCCUCUUAUCCCAAACCGAUUUUGACAGUCAGAUACCAUCAAAUGCCACAUUUCCAUGGCGAUCUAAGGGUCACGCUGCCAGGUGACAGUGGGCAAGUGUGACCUCAGGAGGUCCGCUUGGAGAUGAACAGUGCCUCUCCAUCGAGCUUCACGCUAACCGGCGAUUACCCAGCAGAACCUGCUUAUGGGUCCUGCCCACAGCCUGCCUCUGUGCUUGAGCUAGGAUCAGGUUUUAAUUUGGUCCCUUUCGCUCGCCGUGGACCCAGGAACGCCACAUGGUGAGGAAACAGCGUCACGGUGACACAGAUGUCCGUCACUGAGUCAGCGUCUGACUGUUAAUUGUAGUAUUUGUAGACAGAAGAUUCUCUGCGGUUUAAGAGAAGGGAUUAAGUUAUUUUUUAAGUCUCAAUACUCACCUUUGCACUUGUCUGUAUUUUUCUGACUUAACUUUAAUACUUUGGAUGGCUGGAUUUUUAAAAAAAAUCUGAGACUGAAUCCUAAUUGUUAAUUUAAGCCCUAUUUAUGUAUUUAUUCCUGUUUUAUGAAACACUUUGAUUCCACAUGGCCCCUGUGUUGAAUCAUGACGCAUCUCACUUUAAAUUUUCUCUUUUCUUUGUUUAAAUAUGUUCUCCCUGUUGACUUGGGCUCUUCCUAUCAUCACUGCUCAUGUGCUCAGUGAGCCCCCCCCCGUUAUCUCCAGACAGUAGUCAAAGCGUUUUGACCCACACUCCCCUCGGUGUGUCGGAUCACGGCACCGGCCCGAUCCGCAUCCUCUGAAGUCCCGGACUUGGUCCCGCAUUGGUGUCAGAGCUGCCGGGUGUGUUUUCCUGUCCUGGACUUUCCUGUCGUCUCUAAAGUCACACCUGUCCAUCAACUCACCCGACCCGACCCGGUGUGACCCGGCCUCCGGGGCUGUGCUGCAGCCCAGCCCGGCUCAAAGUGCCAGGAUACCGUCACUCCACAGCCGAGCGCAUGAGUCGUGUCACACUGCUGAUAUUUCUAGUUCAAAAUGGUUUCUUGGGGGGGGGGGUCUGAACAGCUGUGGGGGCUGUUUUUAGUGUGUCAGAAACUGCCUGCCUGUGAUUGCUGAGCGACUGUAGUGUGACAGUCACUAGGAGGUCUCUUUUGGAAGAAAUGGGUAUUGACUCCACAGACAUAGUGUGGGUUUCAAAGGGGCCUCAAUCCAUCAGGGAUAACCUCUGAAAAAAUUGAAUCUCGAUCCUCAGUGGGGACACCAGCCGGCGGUGCCGUGAUCCUUGUGAAUUUGUCGCCCUCUACUGGCUCGCCACCGCGUGUCUCCGUAAUCAGGUUAAGAGUCCGCUUCUACCUGUGGAUGUUUUGUGUGAAUUUGACCUCUGUACCUCUGAAGCUCGCCAUCGAAGCCACGUGCCAAUUGUACAAAUGAACCUUCUUUGUUUUUCCACGACUCAGUUUGCAUGCCAGGAUAACGGGUGAAUCAUGAAGUGUAAAUAUGCUGUAAAUUGUCAGUUUUUAAAAUGUUUCAAGUAUAAUGGGGGAAAAAAAAAUAAAAAAUUUUCCUACACUCUAGUAACACA